CCAGCCACAUAAACUGUUCUCCGGGACCAAGCGCUCCUCGUUUUUCCAUAACCAGGAGCCCUGAACCCCGGGUUUGGGUUCAUCGCUCUCCUAUCGAUGGUUUUAAUGGAAUGCCACACCCUAAACAACCCGCUGCUAAUGUCCUCUUUCUUGCCCAGCAACCCCUCCUAGAUUCUGCAGGUGUUAGGCACAGAAAUCCACCUCUCCCCAUUUAAAGCCCACUUCUGGGUUUCUUGUUCCUAGAAUCCGGUAAUACAAGCUUUCCUUGAAAUCGAUGGUGAUGUUUUUGGGGGAAGGGAAAAGGAAAGAGGGUUAAGGCAUUAAGGAGGAGCUGCACGUGCGGGGCCCCAAGUGGUGGGGGCGGGAACUAUCGCCUUGCUAAAGGGGAUGCUCUUCUUCCGUGGCGCGGGUGGGCCCCGCCCGAGGACCUCCCUGCACGCUGGUUGGGUUUACUCAUCCCAGCGAGGUGAUCCCAGGCAAGAGGGCGGGCGCUAGGCGACCGGAGAACCCAGUAAUCCGAGAAUGCAGCAUCAGCCCUUCCCACCAGGCACUUCCUUCCUUUUCCCGAACGUCCAGAGAGGGAGGGCCGUGCAUUUAUAAACUCAGGCCCCAGCGGACCCGACAUGUCAGAGGCUGCCUUGCCUGGACAUCGCGCCGCGGCCAGAAGUGUCUGGACUGGGAUCCACGCUUUCGGUUGUCGCCAGCGGUGCCCCGCGUCCCUUUGCCCCUGCCGGGUUUCCACCAGGUUGCAGCGUCUUCGCUUGCACACAGCACCCCUAGACAGUAUGCUCUGGGUUCUCCUUUUCGGAGUGCUGGCUCCGGCCAGUCUGGGGUUCUCAGUACCAGCAGAGCUGCAGUCCAGUGGCAGCCAGUGCGUCGAGCACGAGUGUUUCGCGCUUUUCCGGGGGCCCUCGACUUUCUUCGCUGCCAGCCAGGCCUGCGAAAGCCUUCAAGGACACCUGAUGACUGUGCGCUCUUCGGUGGCUGCCGAUGUCAUCUCCCUGCUGCUGAGCGAUGACAGCGGCGUCGGCCCGCGCCUCUGGAUCGGUCUGCAGCUUGCACAGGGUUGCGUCAGCCCGGGGAAUCUCGAACCCCUGCGUGGCUUCCAGUGGGUUACAGGAGACCACAACACCAGCUAUAGCAGGUGGGCGAGGCUCGACGGCGACAGGGCACCACACUGCGGCCCUCUGUGUGUCACCGUCUCGGUGGCAACCAACGCUGCCCCUGGUGAGCCUACUUGGGAGGAGCAGCAGUGCGACGCAGAGGCUGAUGGCUUCCUCUGCGAGUUUAACUUCGCAGCCUCCUGCAGGCCCCUGGCGGUGGAUCCCCGCUCUGCCCAUAUCUCCAGCACCUAUAGUACCCCGUUCGGGGCCCGCGACACAGACUUUCAGGCGCUGCCAGUGGGCAGCUCCGCUGCGGUGGCACCCCUCGGCUUAGAGUUGGUGUGCACGGUGCCUCCUGGUGCUGCUGAGGCGCGCUGGGAUCGGGAGGCGCCUGGUGCUUGGGACUGCAGCGUGGAGAAUGGCGGCUGCCAGUACGCUUGCAACGCCAGCGCUGGGGCUCCUAGCUGCCUCUGCCCAGGCGACACCGCCCUGCAGGCCGACCAGCGCUCCUGUGCAGCACCAGUGCAAUCGUGCAACGACCUCUGUGAGCACUUCUGCUUUCCCAACUUCGAUGUGCCAGGCUCCUACUCGUGUAUGUGCGAGACGGGUUACCAACUGGCAGCAGACCAGCACCGAUGCGAGGACGUGGACGACUGCAUGCUGGUACCCAAUCCGUGCCCGCAGCGCUGUGUCAACACGAAGGGUGGCUUCGAAUGCCUUUGCUAUGCCGGCUAUGAACUGGUGGAUGGAGAGUGCGUGGAGCUUGUGGACCCGUGCUUCGGGGCUAACUGCGAGUACCAGUGCCAGCCAUUGAGCCAAACUGACUACCUCUGCAUCUGCGCAGAAGGCUUCGCGCCCAACCCACAGGAGCCACACAGGUGCCAGAUGUUCUGCAAUGAGACCACAUGCCCCGCCGACUGCGACCCCAACAACCCAGAAACCUGCCAGUGCCCAGAAGGCUACAUCCUGGACGAGGGUUCCGUGUGCACGGAUAUCGAUGAGUGCAGCAAUGACUAUUGCCCUGAUGAGUGCCGCAACCUCCCUGGCUCCUAUGAAUGCAUCUGUGGGCCGGACUCCGCCUUUCCCGGCCAAGUUGGCACCGAUUGUGACCCAAUCCCAGUGAGUAACACUGAGGACAGCGGAGGCUCUGGGGAGCCCCCAGACAGCCCAACACCCAGCUCCACUUUGAGUCCCCCGCUCGCGGGGCCCGUUCAUUCGGGCGUGCUCAUUGGCACCUCCAUAGCUAGCCUGUCCUUGGUGGUGGCACUUUUGGCGCUCCUCUGCCACCUUCGCAAGAAACAAGGCACUGCGCGUGCCGAUCUGGAGUACAAGUGUGGGUCACCUGCCAAGGAGGUAGUGCUGCAGCAUGUGAGGACUGAGAGGACGCUGCAGAAACUCUGAGGGUCUCCCUCCGGGGCCCAGGGCGUUAGCGUGGCUUUUCCUCCUUCUUGUGACUUUCCCCUCUCCCUGGCCUCGCUUUAUUCUCUGGCUACUCAAAAACAUCCUAGCUGGCAUGGCACCUGGAGAAGACCCUUCCCAGUACUCCCAUGUGUAGCUGGAGAGGGGAGGAUGGAAAAGAGAGCUCCAUAUUCUUCCAUGAUGCCACUGGACAACUGGGCAACAGUGGCAGAUUUACAAUGAAGACACAGACUGCAAAGUGUCCCAGGGGCACAGAAAGGGUGAGCCCUAUUGGUCUGUAGCUUUGGGAACCAGACCUUGACACUGUGGGCUAGUUAUGAUGAAGAUAUUUAUUUUUUUAAGUAUUUAGGAUUUUUUCUUUCCUUUAGUUUUCCCCUACAUGUAUGUCUCCAAUAUCCACUUUGCAUUUUACAUCUCCUUCCCCAUACCCAUAUGUGACCCCACUUCUUUGCUCCUAGCUGUCUAUACAGGCAGAACUUCUAUGUGAAACAAAAACAAAAACACUAAAACAAAAAAACUUGAGUAUUUUCUUUAUCAGCAGCCUUGCUAACUUGUUCUGAAAUGUCAGGUUUCCCGAGCAAAAUAAUUUUAAGAGCAGUAAAAAUGUGACGGGUGAUCAAUGAAUUAAUAUUGCUAGACUAUCAUAAAGUUAAAUCCAAGGAGCUUUUUUAAAAUUUUCAUUUUUUAAAACAGUGAGCUUGGGUUUUAUUAUUGUUGUUGCUUUUAUUUGAACUGAAAAAAUAAUUAUUGUCCAGCUUUUUAUAGUUUCCUUUAUUUUCUUUUUCCUUCAUUAUUAUCGCUAAUUUUGGGCAGUGUUGAAAAUGUUCAGGGGCUUGCUUUAGACUGAGAGAGAGAAAUGCCUACCAAGAGACAGCUUAAGAAAGUUUUGAGUUUCAUGCCAAUCCGUCAGCUGUUCUGUCCCUUGUAGUCCUAAAUGAAAGCAGCUGUACUGAUUUGGAGGGAGAGUAGAUUUGGGAGGUUGGGAAUGGAAUCUGGAGGAUGCCAAAUUAAGACCUUACAUUAAUGAGGCCCUUGGAGAAUGUGUUUCACUUCAGAGGGAACUUGUAGCUCUGGCCAUUUGAAGGUGGUCACUGGACAAUAAAUAGGGCCUCCCAUGGGAGCUAGUUAGAGAUGAAAGAUCCUAAGUGCCUCCUCACCUAGUUCAUGAGAAGCUUCAAAUCUGCAGAGGCUUUUCCCCAUCAGUCAUUUGAGGACAACUGUUCUAGUCAAUUUCCAACUUUCUGGAGAACAUUAAAUAUGGGUCAGUAAUCAGUAAUGGGCCAACUUACACCUUUUUUUUUUCUCAAGAAACUGAGGAAUUUUUAUUGCACAGCUUUACUUUCUGUUGUUUUCUAUUUGUUUGUUUGUUUGUUUUAAAAGAUUAGGUACACACCUCUAUAUAUUGCCAUACAGGGUCAAGAAGGUCUUUGGUUCAACUAAGCUAGGAAUGAAGUCAUGCUUCAGUGUAUGGAAAAAAAUGUAUCAUAUAAGUGUAUCUUUUGUAAGGCAAAGGUUUUUCUCUACUGUUUUGUAAACUCAGCAUAUUUUUGUACAUAGUUAUUUAUUUAUUGGAGUUAAACUAGAACACAGGCAAAACCCUUGCUUAUGAUGUCACUUGUACAAA